AUGUGCUUCAAGGUCAACUGCGCAGUGUGCCAGAAGGCGACGUGGCAAGGCUGCGGCCAGCACAUUGACAGCGCCCUCGCUGGCGUCGCGGACGCGGACCGUUGCCCCGGUUGGCGCACGGGCAAGCACGAAGAUGCCACGGCGGCCGCCGCGCCGCCGCAAAAGCAAUAG